AUCGUGUCACAAUGCAGUCGGUAAAACCAAAUGAAUUACCGCAAAAUCCUUACGAGCGUACAAAUAUAUUGGCUCGAUUAUGUUUUUGGUACACACUGCCAACAUUUUUUAAGGGACGUAAAAAAACUCUGGAUACCAAGGAUCUCUAUCGGGCAUUAAAUGAACAUAAAUCUGAAACCCUCGGAAAUGUGAUGUGCCAAUCAUGGCAAAAGGAAUUGGAUAAAAAAGCGAAUUCCAAGAAAAAGCCAAGUCUCCUAAAGGCAACAGCCCGUGUUUUUGGUUGGCGUUUUGCCUUUUUGGGGUUUCUGUUAUUUAUUCUGGAAUUGGGUUUAAGAACGUCACAACCGCUAUUUCUCAUGGGUCUGAUUGGUUACUAUUCGAAGGGUGAACAAGAAAUUAAAACGGCUUAUCUGUAUGCGGCCGGAGUAAUAGCGUGCAGUGCAAUAAAUGUUAUGUUUAUGCAUCCCUACAUGUUGGGCACCAUGCAUGUGGGCAUGAAGAUACGUGUGGCUAUGUGCAGCUUGAUAUAUCGGAAAUCGUUGCGUUUAAGUAAAACUGCGCUGGGCAGUACCACUGCUGGUCAGGUGGUCAAUUUAAUAUCGAAUGAUGUUGGACGUUUGGAUUUGGCAACGAUUUUCAUUAAUUAUCUGUGGGUGGGACCCAUGGAGACAUGUUUGAUAACAUAUCUGAUGUACAGAGAGAUUGGCAUUGCCGCUGUAUUUGGUGUGGCCUUCAUGUUAAUGUUUAUCCCCCUGCAGGGCUGGUUGGGUAAAAAAACAUCUGUACUGCGUUUGCGUACCGCCUUGCGCACCGAUGAACGUGUACGCAUGAUGAAUGAAAUCAUUUCUGGUAUACAGGUUAUUAAAAUGUAUGCCUGGGAGUAUCCCUUUGGCAAGAUCGUGGCCUAUGCCCGCAAAAAGGAAAUCAAUAGUAUACGUCACUCCUCGUAUAUACGCGGUAUCCUAUUGUCGUUCAUUAUGUUCCUAACUCGUGUGUCGAUUUUCCUCAGUUUGGUGGGCUAUGUUCUGUUGAGUAAUUUCCUAACACCGGAACAGGCCUUUGUGAUAACAGCCUAUUAUAAUAUUUUAAGGACAACCAUGACAGUAUUCUUUCCUCAGGGUAUUUCCAUGAUGGCUGAAACCUUGGUCUCCAUUAAACGUAUACAAAACUUUAUGCUAUAUGAAGAAACUCAGGUUGUGGACAAAUCUGCCGAUUACAUAAAUUACGAUGGCAGUAAUCAAUCGACUGUGGUCAAGGAUGAUGAUAAAAUCAUGGAAGAAGAAGAUGCCGAGAAACAGCCGUUGGUCUCAAAUGGUCAUGCCACACUAUCCGAGGCUGGUAUUAUAAUUAGUAAUCUUAAGGCGAAAUGGGAUCCAGCUGUAACGGAGUUAACUUUGGAUGAUGUCAAUUUGCGUGUACAACCAGGAACUUUGGUAGCCAUUAUUGGUCCGGUUGGUUCGGGGAAAUCAAGUUUAAUACAAAGUAUUUUGGGUGAACUAAAACCAGAAUCGGGAACAAUUAAAGUGAACGGUACUUUCUCAUAUGCCUCUCAAGAACCAUGGUUAUUCACAGGGACAGUACGACAAAAUAUACUCUUCGGACAACCUAUGGAUAGACGACGAUAUCAUGCUGUGGUUAAAAAAUGUGCCUUGGAAAGAGAUUUUGAAUUGCUGCCCUAUGGCGAUAAAACCAUUGUGGGUGAACGUGGUGCCUCCUUGUCUGGUGGACAAAAGGCUCGUAUCAGUUUGGCCAGAGCUGUAUAUCGUCGAACAUCAAUUUACCUUCUAGAUGAUCCUCUGAGUGCUGUCGAUACCCAUGUGGGACGUCAUUUAUUCGAUCAAUGUAUGCGUGGUUUGUUGCGCGACAAUAUCGUUGUCCUGGUCACCCAUCAAUUGCAAUUUCUACAAUCGGCUGAUCAAAUUGUUAUCAUGGACAAGGGACGUGUUUGUGCCGUCGGUUCAUAUGAGUCAUUACGUGAAAGUGGUCAUGAUUUUGCUCAAAUGUUAGCAGAUCCAGAGAAUGAUGAUUCAAUGGAGGCUACAAAAUCACGACCCAGAUCAGGAAGUCGCUUGAUUGAUCGCCAAAAUAGUGUGGCAUCAAUUAAUUCGGUGGCCGAUUCAACGCUGGACGAUACACCCACCCAAGUUCAGGAAACUCAAGAAGAAGGCAAAAUUGGCUUGGAUCUCUAUAAGAAAUAUUUCAAGGCUGGUGGAGGUUUCUUCAUGUUUUUCGUUAUGUUGGUGUUUUGUGUAAUGUCUCAGGGAUUGGCUUCGUGUGGUGAUUAUUUCUUGUCAUAUUGGGUCAACAAAAAAGGUUCCAUUGAGGCCAAACGUGUGGAAUAUGUUACAGCUGCCGCCCUUAAUGACAGCCUACAUGGAACAACUACAACCACCAUGGAUCCAUUAACAUGGUCAUCAUCGCAUCAAACCGAAACAAGUCUUUCUAAAUGGUUAUCCCAAUAUGGUGUACAUGUGGAUCCGGAAAUGCUCGACAUCUAUAUUUUCACCAUUAUAACUGUGGCCACAAUUGUAAUAACUGUUACCCGCAGUUUCUUGUUCUUCAAUGUGGCCAUGAGGGCAUCACAGAACUUACACAAUUCCAUGUUCCGUGGUAUAACACGCGCCUCCAUGUACUUCUUCAAUACAAAUCCCUCCGGUCGUAUACUUAAUCGUUUCUCCAAGGACAUGGGUCAAAUCGAUGAAAUUCUACCAUCUGUCAUGAUUGAUGUGAUACAAAUUUUCCUUUCACUAUUUGGCAUUGUUGCUGUUUUGUCUGUGGUAAAUCCCUUGUACCUGUUGCCCACAUUCAUUUUGGCCAUAAUCUUUUAUAAUCUCAGGACAUUCUAUUUGAAGACGUCGCGUAAUGUUAAACGUUUGGAGGCUAUAACACGUUCUCCCAUCUAUUCCCAUUUGGGAGCUUCGCUGACUGGUCUCUCAACAAUACGCGCCUUUGGUGCCCAAGGUGUUUUAAUCAAAGAAUUCGAUAACUACCAGGAUCUUCAUAGCUCGGCAUUUUUCCUCUUCAUCAGUACAUCGCGUGCCUUUGGCUAUUGGCUGGAUUGCUUCUGUGUCAUCUUUAUUGCCAUUAUCACCUUGAGUUUCUUUGUAUUUGCCCCCGAAAAUGGUGGAGAUGUUGGCUUAGCCAUUACCCAAGCAAUGGGUAUGACCGGUAUGGUACAAUGGGGCAUGCGGCAAUCGGCAGAAUUAGAAAAUACCAUGACGGCGGUAGAACGUGUAGUCGAAUAUGAUGAUAUUGAUCCGGAGGGUGAAUUAGAAUCGACCGAGGAUAAGAAACCACCUCAAACAUGGCCCGAAGAAGGCAAAAUUGAAUUUGAUGAACUGAGUUUGCGUUACAAUCCAGAUCCCAAAUCGGAAUAUGUCUUGAAGUCAUUGAAUAUUGUUAUUAAAGCAAGGGAAAAGGUUGGCAUCGUUGGACGUACUGGGGCUGGUAAAUCCUCAUUGAUCAAUGCUUUGUUCCGCUUGUCCUAUACCGAUGGUUCCAUUGUCAUUGAUUCACGUGAUACCAAAUCAAUGGGUUUACAUGAUUUACGUAGUAAAAUAUCAAUUAUACCUCAGGAACCUGUGCUAUUCUCUGGAACAAUGCGUUACAAUUUAGAUCCAUUUGAUGAAUAUUCCGAUGCUAAGCUAUGGGAAGCUUUGGAGGAGGUCCAACUUAAAGACGUGGUUUCCGAAUUGCCAAACGGGUUGCAAACUAAAAUCUCAGAAGGUGGUUCCAAUUUCAGUGUUGGCCAACGUCAAUUGGUCUGUUUGGCUCGGGCUAUUUUACGCGAAAAUCGUAUUUUAGUUAUGGACGAAGCCACUGCCAAUGUUGAUCCGCAGACAGAUGCAUUGAUCCAAACAACUAUUCGCCACAAAUUUAAAUAUUGUACCGUCCUAACGAUAGCACAUCGUUUACAUACAGUCAUGGAUUCGGAUAAAGUGCUGGUAAUGGAUGCCGGUCAGGUGGUCGAAUUCGGUUCACCCUAUGAACUGCUGACGGAAAGUGAUAAGAAUGUAUUCCAGGGCAUGGUAAAACAAACAGGAAAAUCAACAUAUGAGAAUUUAUUGAAAGUAGCACAAAAGGCCCAUGAGGACACCUUAAAACAAAAAAUGGAUUAGAAGGAUACCGGGAAUUUUUGUC